AUGCUGCCCCCCACGCUUCCCAGCUCCGUUGGUACUGCAUCAGUCGACGCUUCACCACUCCAUCGUCCUGCCCGUCUGCGCUGGGAACGGUAUGCGCUGCCCGGUGCACACAUCACGACAAUGGCGCAGCCUAAUCCCGAGCUGAGAAGGCAAGUCAUUGCCAUCUACAAGGGUACGUAUCCGCCCUACCGACUUUAUCGGACAGCCAUGCAGGAGAACAAUUUCGGGCACGAGACUCGGCGUCGCCCCCGCCCCGGCUACAAGCUAGAGUCCGAGCUCCUAUAUCUUGGCAGGGAAUACCCCCUCGGCUACCGGUAUUUUCAGCCGCGCCUACACAAGGCAUUCAUGUCUCGCGCCGCCGAGCGCAGCGAGGACAAGAUUCGGGCUGGCAUUGCGCAAGCAGAAUACGUCAAAAAAGGUGCGUCUAUUGGUCCUCUCUUUUUCUUUUUUGCGUCUAUUCGAUAUCACCGCAGCUAA